CCUUUGCGAAAAAGAGCCUUAGCAACAAAGUAAAGCAAAAUGGCCGCCGGGGUGUGAAAAGAAGUUUUGUUUAUUGUUGUUUGGUAUGUGGCCUGAAUAGGCGAUUAUAUUACAUCACAUUAUACAACCCAACCGGCAGCUAAUUACCUAUUUAUACAGUCAACUCCGUGCCUUGUGGAGGUCAGGAACUUACACGGACAAAGCCUUACAGCGACAAGGAUUAGUGCUGUCUAUAAGGAUGUCCUAGAUCUGAACAAACACCUGAAGAAGGCAUGACAGGAGGUGUAGUAGAACAAGACUCCAUGUCUACCGAUGGGGACCAACAUGAAGGCGUACACCAGCCGUUUUUCCUGAAGGUGACGACGCUGUCCCCGUUUGGACCCAAACUCCCAGGCGAGCCCCAGGCCCCGCCCCCCUCCGCUCAGUCAUCAUUUGUUGGAGCGACUUCUCGGAAGCCACGACCAAAAUCUACACCCCCACACCCUCCGUCCUAUCGUGAUGUCCUCCUGUCCCCCCAUACCAGCUUUGCGGAGGCCAAGUCCUACAGAUCACGUUUUACUGUACCCAAGAGCGCUCCAGCACACAGAAGAUGUGAGAGGUUGGACCAGGUGGAGCCUGAGCAGAUCAGCGCAGACAAACAGCCGUAUGAGACCGAGCCCCGCCCCUCCACCAGUACGGCCAUCAGACACAGGACUCUGGAGAGUCACCUGCCAGUCAAGAGGGCCAAACAGCCGCAGAGUAGAGAGGAGUCCCCCAUCCCAGUUGUAGUGUCUCCUGGUUACGUGUUAUCAAGAAGUCGCAGUAAGGUUGCCAUGACGAUAAAAACAGACGGCUUCUUUGAUCCGCCCAAGAAAGAAGUGCCAACCCAUACACUUGACCAGGCAACACAAGACCUGAUCAGUAGCUUGCGCCAGCAGAUCUCAGAUCUGACUCUCUACUUGGAAGAAGAGAAGCUCAAUCAUAGGGACACUAAGAAACAGGCUGCUGAAGAGUUAAAGAAGAGAGAAGAGAAGUUGAACAUGAGACAUGAAGAAGAGAUGAACAGGCUGGAGGAUGAGUAUGAGAAGGAGAUAGCUGACAUGAAGGCUGCUCAGCAAAAACUCAUGGCCCAGGAAAAGGCUGCAUCUGAAGCUAUACACAACAGGCUAACCUCUGACCUCAACUUCAUGAAAAGUUCCUUUGACACCUACAAGACCCAAAUAGUGGAGGAGAUGGAUGAGAAGUGGGCAGACAAGGAGGCGGAACUGCACUUCAAGUUUGAGGAGAGAAUAGAGUCAGCUAUAUAUGAACAAAAGAAACAGUUGAUCCAUGACCACCAGGAUGAGAAGGCUGCCAUGAACCAGGAGUUUAAGAGACAGAUCCAGACCAUCGCUCGGGAACACAAGAGGGAAAUAGACGCGAUCAACAAAAGAUAUGCUAAUGCUGCUCAGGAUCUCGAGAGGCUCAAGAGGACAACAGAGGAGCUCAAUAUUGCCCGUGUGGAGUUGGAAGACACAAAGAAACAACUGAAGGAAACAACAGAGAGUUUUAAGAGGACGUUACGUGAGCUACAAGAUGCCAACGUGAGACUGAUAGACUUUGAGGAGAGGUUCCAUGAGAAAGUGUCGGAGGUGGAUGACAAGUACAGACAGAGGAUGCACAACCUCAUGCAGGAAAAUGCAGACUUAAGGAAGCGGUACAUGUCGAAGUGUGAGGAACUGUACGACGUGAAGUCCCAAAAUGAUGUUCAGGUACAGGAGAGGGUGCAGACCGCAAAGGACACACUACAGCAUGUCAUCAAGACUCGCCACCGAGCAAACAUCAGCAUAGCAGCCUCCGAUCCCGCGUUGGACGAGAAGAAAAAGAUCCAACACAGCCGACCGCUCAGCGCGCCGACCACGCGGAAAGAGACGGUCGAAGCAAAACUGGGUGAACUACAAAUUCAAGAGGAGGAAAAGUCAAAAACUGCUCCAAAUGUUGGUAGACAAAAACUGCUGCCGUCCAGACCUCAGACAUGUGUAGGAAGGAGAGCCUGAGGUUUUUAACCCUUGCCCUGCUAAAUAAGCCUGUAACCAAUACAACUUGGGUGCCAAAAUGCUACCUUAGCAAGGAGAAAGGUUAAGAUUGUCUCUUUUUUAGAUUUAUAGCACAGUUGUUUUGAUUGUAAAGUUUCUACUGUACAUUCAAAAUUCUGUCCAAGAUUGUAUUGUUGUCUUUGUCUAUGUAACACAAACUCUGCUGUCUGGGGCUGUAACUGGCCCUUUCCCAUCUAGGAGGCUAGCCAGAUGUUGGGCUGGCUGCUAUAAGCGAGAUUUAAUCAGGCUAGUACUUUCUAUAGAAUUUGUAUUCCAGCUUCCUGCAAAUUUCAUGGAUGACAGAAAAGGUCAGCAGGGCUAGAAAAAUAGAUUGUGUUUUUAUCCAAACGAACAAGAAAGCCACUGCUACUUGCUCUUGCAAGUGUUUGGGAACACAAGAGCAAUUGUGUAUCAUUUUUGUAUAUACAUGUUUAAAACUCUGUCAGAUCUUUGACUUGCAAUGUGUGUACAUUUUGUAUCUUUCCCACCUCUUAUGAAUCUCUGAUGUUUUUUAUAUUAUAUGUAAUAUUCAAUAUUCUAUAAUCACCCACAUGAUUCUACUCUUUGUACAUAAACUAUACCUCGCAAUGAGCUGCUAUUAAGAGUUUAUUGCUUGAAUGAUUAUAAUAACUUUGACUGGUUUAAAGUUGAAAAUCUUGAUUAUAGUUUCUCUAUGUAAGUACGGAUUUCUUGGUGCUGUCAUUUCAGAGCAAAAGCGAACAAAGUGCCAGACGAAGUACAAUUAUGUAUACGGCUCACUACUGUAAUUCUGUUAGUAGUUCUUUUUCAGGUAUUAAGGGAGACAUAUAGUGAACACGAUAGUGUUGCUAUUUUCUUGGCCGGAACACACAUUAUAUAGACUUAAACUCGUGUUGUAGACUUGAAACUCAUUUUAAUUCUAUGCAUGCUGUUCACAAUGGAAAUUUUUGCCUCUCUCUGCAAAGUUACUGGCUUGCAGAAUAUUUUUCAUGGGGAAUAAUGGGAGUUGACCUCCAAAAGUACAUGAUAUAAACUCAGCUGUGAGUCAGGAAAUAAAGUUUACAACUAUAGUUA